UUGUCAUGAUAUCAGCUAUGUUGUCCGACUCAAUCUUCACAAACUACAAAAUGGGUCCGGGCCGGAGUCUUACCUGGGCACUUGUCAUAAUCGCCACCACAGAUCUAGUUAUUGGAGGAUGUCACGAGAAGUUCAAGGUCAUCGCUGGUCAUUCCGCAUGUCUAAGUAAAUCUCCAAAAGUCAGCGUGUCCGGAGUGGUUACGUCAGAGAAGACAGAAAUCAUUAGGCUGCACAACAUGUAUAGACAAAAGGUCAACAACGCCCUCUAUAUGCAUAAGGUCACGUGGGACGACGAGGUUGCCAUGGUUGCAAGGAAAUGGGCAGAGAAUUGUCGCAUGGAACAUGAUCUAGGAUCGGCUCGGUACAUACCAGGAAGGUUCUCUGUCGGACAGAAUAUAGCCACAGGCUCCGCCAACAGUAAGCGUAACUGGACAUCUACCGUUGAGCUAUGGAACAAGGAAGAGUCAAGUUUUACCUACCAAGGGUCAAACCAGCUGGGGCAGGUCGGACAUUAUACACAGCUGGUGUGGGCGGACACCUACCUCGUAGGAUGCGGCUUCGCCAUGUGUGACACCACGCCAUUCUACGUCUGUAAUUACGGGCCAAGUGGAAACAUUGGACAGUUCGACGAACCAUACAAAUCCGGGUCCUCUACAAAACUGACAGAUUGUGGAGGGACUUAUUGCAAUGGUGACAGAAAACUAACCUCGUCAUGCAUGUGUGAUUGUGACCCUAAAAUGCAGCCCGCAUUUACUGGAGGAAACACGUGUCAACUUAAAUGCAGUGUCCCAGAUGUGCCUUCCUACGUGCGGCCCCAGGGGAUAUAAACAGACAGAUUGUAACAAGGUGUUCGUGACGUUUUACUGUCCACACAUGUGUAAAACAUGUCCAUAUGCUGAUCCUUCCUACAUCUCCAAUUCAAGGGCGACAGGGAAGCUCGUAUCCAAAUUGUGUUUGGUGAUCGUCUGUAUAGUGACAUUGAAGUUAAACCUAUUUUGAGUGGAAUCGAAAAUCAAACAAAAGAAGAAUUCGGUUCUAUUUCUAUAUCAACGUCCAAGAUGAUAUAAAUUUCAUUAUGUGAAAUCGAUCUCAGUAAAAAUCUGUGAUAAUUUAUGACAAAAAUAUUUUGAAUUGUUUUUAAUUUGACAAUGGGUUUAAUAAAUAAUAGUUGCUAUUUUCUCCAAAA